AUGUUUCAUGGAACAAUCACAGAAGAGCUAACCAGUCAUGAAGAAUGGAGUCACUAUAAUGAAAACAUAGUAGAAAACCAAAAAGAUUUUGUUUUUAUGAAGUUCAGUGGCCUUCAUUUAAAAUCUAUGGAAAAUUUGCAAUCUUGUAUAUCUCUUAGAGUAUGUAUCUUCUCAAACAAUUUCAUUACAGAUAUUCAUCCACUUCAAAGUUGUAUCAAAUUAAUCAAACUUGAUCUCCAUGGAAAUCAGAUAAAGAAUCUACCAGAUACCAAAUUUUGGAGUGGAUUUAAGAACCUGAAACUCCUCUAUCUUCAUGACAAUGGAUUUUCAAAGUUAAAAAAUAUAUGUGUAUUAUCUGCCUGUCCAAACCUCAUUGCCCUCACUAUGUUUGAUUGUCCAGUAAGUCUAAAGAAAGGAUAUAGACAUGUUCUUGUUAACAGUAUAUGGCCUCUCAAAGCACUGGAUUACCAUGUGAUUUCUGAUGAAGAAAUCAUUCAGAACUGGCACCUUCCUGAAAGAUUUAAAACAUGUAACCACCGACUUUUCUUUAAUUUCUGUCCUGCUUUAAGAAAGGGAACAACUUAUGAGGAUGAAAUUGAUAACAUUAAAUAUAUUACUUCAAAAAUUAAUGAAAUUCUGGCUCAUAAUUCACCAGUUUUGAUUGUUCAAAGAUGGAUACGUGGUUUCUUAGUUAGAAAAAGUUUGAGCCCUUUCUUUAUAUGUAAAAAACAGCAGGAAAGAAUUAUUAGAGCAUAUGAAACAAAAUGGAUUUACAUAACCAAAGGAUAUGAAGAUAAGCUCCGUAAGGAUAUCUUUUACAAGCCUGAAACUAAUAUAAAAGGAAAGCUUGCACGUUGGAAACAGAAUAUAUAUUCUCCUGUUGAUUUAAAAAUUUCUAGUGAACACAGAAAAUAUGUAUCUUCUAUUUUAAAUGAAUUAAAAACAAAAGAUAUUGACAGGAAAUCCAAAAAAUCAAGCCAUCUCAUUCAAAAAGGUCAGAAGGAGUCUGAAGAUGAAAUUGAAGAUGAAGAAUUGGAUGCCAGUUUUAGGAUAUCAGUGUUCAAACUACCCAUAUAUACUUCAAGUCCACUGAAGUAUGCUGCAGUACUGAAAGAGAAAAAACAAGAUUAUUUUCCUGCAUAUGCUCAGUCAUUUUCUCCCACUCAUCUACAACCAAUAAUUAAAAAAGACUCCCUGUUAGAUACAAGUAUAAGAAAAGAGUUUUAUACAACAUACAGAGCUGGCAUAAAACUCCAAACACUUAGUGAUAUUGAUAAAUAUUACACAGAACAAAAUAAUCAGCAAUGUCAUAAAGAAAAAGUAACAGCUAUAGCUUUGGCACAGGUUGCCCAACGAAGAGCUAGCCUAGCUGUUCAAGAAAAUUUGAAUAAUAAACAUUAUGCUCUACAGAAACUAAUUGAAAAAGAUUAUGAGGCAAAUGAGCAUGGUUUACAACAACGUAGGCAGGACAGAGUCAAAUACCUUGAAAAAGUUAGAGAGAGAAGAGCUUUGUUUCUAAAAGAAAAAAAACAAAAGGCUACGGAACGUUUAUUAGUUCAAAACUUAAGUAACCAGCGCACUCUUUUGAUGAAAGGAAUGCUUGAUAUCGACAGACGGAGGAAGAAUGAGGCUCUCCAAAGAGACAAAAGGCAGAUUGUUCAGCGAAAACGAAGAGAAGAAAAAUAUCGGAAGAAUUUACUUAAACAAAUGAAGCAAUGUAGGGCUGAAGAAAUAUAUAAAAAACACUGUGAAGAAAAAUUUGUUAUUGAUAUGAUUACCUUUCAAAAAGCCUGUGAAAGAUAUCAAGACAUUAAAGCAAAAGUUGCAAUUGUGAAAACUGGUUUACCCUACGUAUUUCCUAAUGGAUGACAAAAUGAACCAAUGCCAGAUUACAUCAUAUGAUCAUCUUAAAUUAUGGCUAUUAUUUUUAGCUGAAGGAAUUUGUAAUGAUACUCUGGAAGAAGAACUAUUCUACAAUAUGGAUUUAUAUGUAAAUCUUAUAAAAAUAUAAAGAAUAGUUUAAAUGUU